CUCUCUGCCAAAAAUUCGAGGUAGCUUCUCCUCUAUCGUCAUCACGUCCACCAAGUUCCUGCCGUCGUGAAAGAUGAAGUUAGCCGCGCUGGUUCUGCUGGUUGCUGUUGGAAUCGCCUUCAAUGAGCUGGGCUCUGAGGCUCUCACACCUCACCAAGUUAUUCAAGCUCUGAUGGGCGGUGCUCCUCCUUACUGGAAUGUGGUGUUUGCUUUGGACAGCAGCGACAGCAUAAGCAGCUCUGAAUGGUCUUGCUCCAAGUCAUCGACCAGGAAUAUCCUUGCAAUUAUCAACAACACCCCUACUCCGAAUAGCAUAGCCCCUGGAAAACAUUGGAUCGCUCUGGUACGUUUCUCUACCAGGGCAAGGCUCAUCUUUCCUCUGGGUUACCAUGAAAACUACCCUGCCAAUGAUGCGGCUAUUGAUGAUGUGCCGAAAGAAGACCAAAGACUGCUGGACAAAAUUGCCAUGAUGUGGAAAUGA